AGCCAGCAGAGGAGCUCUCUUGCUGCUUAUAUGUUAGUGGCUGGAAGGGCCUUCUUUCUCUGGAGAAGGGUGCUCUAAGGCACCAAGGGUGAGAAGGACCUGCCUUUUAGCUGGUAGAGAUGCCAGAGGGCCCAUCAGUGAGGAAGUUCCAGCUGCUGACCUCACGUUUUGUGGGACAAGUGGUGGCCAACGUGGGGGGAAGCAGCAAGAAGAUUAAUGUGAAUGACCUGAAUGCCCUGAGGCUCCAGGAUUCCCAGGUCCAUGGGAAGAACUUAUUCCUAGCGUUUGUGGCAGCCAGCUCUCCCUUAGAACCAAGUGUGGAAGAGACAGAGCUGCAAAAAGAGGCUGCCACAGGGUCUAGGUCCCUUGUUCAGGGAAAGCAAGGGCAGGUUUGUGCUCCAUUGACUCCGACCCAGGAAGAAGAGCUGCAGGAACUGCAGAACUCCAGACCUGGUGCUCCAAGUGCAGCAGGGGGCCCAGGCUGUUGGCUGCGCUUCCACUUCGGUUUGUUUGGCAGCGUUCGGGCAAACGAGUUCUCAAGAGCAAGCAGAGCCAAUAAGAGGGGGGACUGGAAGGACCCUAUACCCAGGCUGGUGCUGUAUUUUGAGAGUGGAGGCUUCCUUGUUUUCUACAACUGCCGAAUGCACUGGUGCUCAUCUCCGGUGGCUGAUCCCACUUCUGACAUCCUGUCUGCAGAAUUCCACCGUGGCCGGGCACUGGAUGCCCUCUGCACAUCUCAUCCCAUCUGCUACACCCUCUUGGACCAGAGAUACUUUUCAGGGCUGGGGAACAUCAUUAAAAAUGAAGUCCUGUACCUGGUGAAGAUCCACCCGUUAACACAAGGAUCUCUCUUGGCUCAGUCGGAUCUGGAGCAUCUGCUUGAUUGUGCCAUUCAGUUCACCUCCGACUGGCUGCAGAGCAAGCUGCAAGGCAAAGGGCUGCACCUGCAGAUCUACCAGAAAGAGCAGUGUCCUCUUGGGCACGUAGUGAUGAAAGGAGCCCUAGGACCCCCAGGUGGCUGGAAAAGGCUUACAUGGUGGUGUCCUCAGUGCCAACCUGCAGUGCUGCCAGGGGAUGGGGAUCUGGCCCUGGGCACUGAGUGACAUGGCUCUAUGUUCCUAUUUUUUUUUUUUUUUCCUUAUGUAGUUCAGCGUUAGAUAAUCCUGUGCCUGCUUAGAGCUGAGUAUGCGUUGUAUAGUGAUUAGGUGUGGUUAAAAUUAAAUGGUUGUUCUCUCCAUCA